AUGAUCUUUGAGCCUCGUUUCCUAGCACCACCGCCAGCAGCAGUAAUGAAAGAUCGUGUGGUUCUUUGUUUCCGUUUGGAUUUAUUGGUCGCCUGCUUUGGAGGGAGCAGGGGUGGUGGCACUGAAAUUGCUACUCCUCGUUCUGAACACAGAAAACCCCAAACAAAACCACCAUCAAAAAUGGUCAGCACGAAAAUCCGCAUGUUCCAUUUACGCUCCCGCUUAGCACUCAUCCGCGCGGGCACCGGCGCAGCGAUUCUCCCACCGGAAGUGCGCAAGUUGGGCCUAACGUUCGCGAUGAAGAACACUGACGGUCAUAUGGGUCCUCGGAAAUUCUGGCGCAAUUACCUCCCCCGCCUGAAAUAUCAUAAUCCAAACGUGGACAUGCAGGUGCACCGGGAUAGGGAGAGUGGUGGUGAUGCCAUGUUGGUUAUUGAAUUCGACGGAGGCAAGACGGAGACUAUUGACGUAAAGCACAAACACGAGAACGAUAUUGUUCGCGCUGUGUUAGAAUCGACGAAGGCGAAGCCGGUGCCCACGUCCGAAGAGGAUGCGGAGAUUGUUGCCCAGUACGAGUUAUAUAAGGUGCGAAUGGAGGAGCAGCUGAAAAUCAACAAGCGGAAGAGGGCGGAGAGGAGGGCGGAGAAGAGUGCUAUUGGGGGCAUUGGAAGGCCGGCUUAGUGUCAUAUCCUUCCCCGUGUUUCUUGCCUAAUCUUAGAAUAUGUGGGCUUCACUUCAAUGUACCCUUAUUAUCACUAG